AUGACAUUCAAACUGAGUGCAGACUCUGCAGGCAGAAUAAGAUACUGUAAUACAACCACCACUUAUCCAACCACAACGUAUCCAACCACAGCUUAUCCGUCCACAAGUAAAACAACCACAACUUAUCCAACCACAGCUUAUCUGUCCACAAGUAAAACAACCACAACUUAUCCAACCACAGCUUAUCUGUCCACAACUUAUCCGUCCACAAGUAGAACAACCACAACUUAUCCAACCACAGCUUAUCUGUCCACAAGUAAAACAACCACAACUUAUCCAACCACAGCUUAUCCGUCCACAACUUAUCCGUCCACAAGUAAUACAACCACAACUUAUCCAACCACAGCUUAUCCGUCCACAAGUAAUACAACCACAACUUAUCCAACCACAGCUUAUCCGUCCACAAGUAAAACAACCACAACUUAUCCAACCACAGCUUAUCUGUCCACAAGUAAUACAACCACAACUUAUCCAACCACAGCUUAUCCGUCCACAAGUAAAACAACCACAACUUAUCCAACCACAGCUUAUCCGUCCACAAGUAAAACAACCACAACUUAUCCAACCACAGCUUAUCCGUCCACAAGUAAUACAACCACAACUUAUCCAACCACAGCUUAUCCGUCCACAAUUAAAACAACCACAACUUAUCCAACCACAGCUUAUUUGUCCACAAGUAAUACAACCACAACUUAUCCAACCACAGCUUAUCCGUCCACAAGUAAAACAACCACAACUUAUCCAACCACAGCUUAUCCGUCCACAAGUAAUACAACCACAACUUAUCCAACCACAACGUAUCCAACCACAGCUUAUCCGUCCACAAGUAAAACAACCACAACUUAUCCAACCACAGCUUAUCUGUCCACAAGUAAAACAACCACAACUUAUCCAACCACAGCUUAUCCGUCCACAAGUAAUACAACACAACUUAUCCAACCACAGCUUAUCCGUUCACAAGUAAUACAACACAACUUAUCCAACCACAGCUUAUCUGUCCACAAGUAAUACAACCACA